ACGCAGCUGACUUUCCGCCCCUCUGUUGUCAUGGGCAUGCCGCUGCUGGGAAGGCAGCCUCGGGCUCGCGGUCCCCACGCUUAGCAGCGGUAAACCAGAGUAUACCUCCGUGUCCACUAGUUUAGCAGGGUUGGGGAGGGAAUCGAAACCUCAAAAUUGCUUUUACUUAAAGUUUACUACCUGAAGUUAGAGGAGGAGCUUUCUGAUGGGAAUUCUGUAAUGAAGGGGAGGUGGCUUUGUAAAGCGCUUGAAAAAUACCAUGGACUUACUGCUAUGGAGAAGAAGCUGGCUGAGUACAAGUGUAACACAAAUGAAGCAAUUCAGCUGAAACUAGUUCGCUUUCCUGAGGAGUUGGAGGAUGACAACACAACGUUUAAUCCAGAGUAUAGCCAUCAAGUUUUUGGAGAUGAUGAAGUUGCUUUUGGUUACAAGGGACUGAAGAUCCUCUUGUACUAUAUUGCUGGUAACCUGUCAACACUCUUCCGCAUCGAGUAUACAUCUAAAGUUAAUGAAAAGUUUGACUGUGUGGAGGCAGAUGAUGUUGAAAGUAAAAUUAGAGAAAUCAUUCCUCCUGGCUUUUGCACAAACACAGAUGACUUUGUGUCUCUGCUGGAGAAGGAGGUCAACUUCAAGCCCUUUGGAACACUGCUACACACAUAUUCUGUCCAUAAUGAGGAAGCUGGUGAUGAUAUAACGUAUCAGAUACACAAGGCUGACAUGACAUGUCCAGGCUUUCGAGAAUAUCAUGAAAGGCUUCAGACGUUCUUGAUGUGGUUUAUUGAAACUGCUAGCUUUAUUGAUGUAGAUGAUGAAAGAUGGAACUACUUUCUAGUAUUUGAGAAGUAUAAUAAGGAUGGAGCUACGCUCUUUGCGACCGUAGGCUACAUGACAGUCUAUAAUUACUAUGUGUACCCAGACAAAACCCGGCCACGUGUAAGCCAGAUGCUGAUCUUGCCACCAUUCCAAGGAGAAGGCCAUGGUGCUCAGCUGCUUGAAACAGUUCAUAGAUACUAUAUGUCUUCUCCUACAGUACUUGAUAUAACAGCUGAAGAUCCAUCUGAAAACUAUGUGAAGCUAAGAGACUUUGUUCUAGUAAAGCUGUGUAAAGAUUUGCUUUGCUUUUCCCCGGGAAGGUUAAUGCAAGGUUUCAGUCAAGAAAUGGUGGUGGAAGCACAACAAAAACUGAAAAUAAAUAAGCAACACACAAGACGAGUUUAUGAAAUUCUCCGAUUGCGUGCAACAGAUAUGGGUGAUGCAGAACAGUCCAGAAGCUAUCGGUUGGACGUUAAAAGAAGACUGAUUGGCCCCUAUAAGAAAAAGCAGAGAGAACUUGCCAAAAUGAGAAGGUGUCUAAGACCGGAGGAGCUGACGAAUCAGUUGAACCAAAUAGACCUAAACAUGCAACAUGAACAGUUAGAAGAGAGCUUCCAACAACUUGUUUCAGAUUACCGAAGAGUCCUCGAACGACUUGCACAAGCAUGAGGAUCCUGCCGUACAGGAAACGUGCAAAUUUCUACACAGUGUUGUAAAGCACAUCCUUAAUUGCCACUUAACUGCAAAAAAUCUCAUGUGACGUUUUAAUCACAUUAAAGGUGACUUGUGUUUCUGUGCAUUUUGAAUAUUUUCUAUUUUUGUGUUGUAGAUUUUUAAAUGUUGUACUUUAGGUUUGGGGGCACUUAUUGCUGAAAUAAACAAUGUAGAUUCUCAGAUAUAGUAUCCCUUCAAUUGCAUGAAUUUUCUUUUAGACUUCUGUUUUGCCUCAAGAUUUAAUAGAUGCCUGAACAGCAAGUUAAUACAUAAAUCUAAGCAAUAUAAAUACUGCACCUGUCAAACUUAUCCUAACUUGAUCCUCCUUAUGCUGUUCUACUUGGAUCCUGUUGUACUUGUGCACUCUUCAGUUUAAUGUCAUAUGAGCUGGUUACAAGAUUGUCUCUUGUCUAACUAACUUCUUGAGUACAGGCUCUAGCCUUUCUUAAAAGUGGAUCCUUCUCCCAUUUGCUAUCAGACCUAUUCUACUCAAGCCUCUAAAGGGCCUGGAGCACAUUCUUUUUCAAAUCCCCAGGUUUUCAGGUUCAUGAUUUCAGGACAAUAUAUCGCAGCUGGGGAAACAGCCAAGACUUUGUAAGGACUCCAAAAGCACUUCUGCUAGUGUAAGAAAUUACAAAUCUGUAGGAAGCAAGUGCCUUUAUAUAGUUUCUUGACUGUUCUGCUAUCCAUUACUUCUCAGACUUCAGGUUAGUUCUUAACCUCUCUCUAAACUAUGCUAUCUUUUCUUGUAGUUCAGACUUUAGAACUGAUUUGUCUUGGCCUGUAAUGAAGAGGACUUAAUCUGAAUAAGGAUCACUGAAAUUUAUUAACCAAGUUUUAUGGUCCUAGUAGGAUUUGGGUCCAGCUUUCAAAAUUUUGUAGAUCAACAGUUCUCUGCUACCUCUGAUGUGUUGUUGGGGGAAAAGGGUAAUGUUUUUAAAUGUUCCAAACCUGUAGAUUUUUUUUUUCCUAUUAAAUUCUCUAGAAAUUUUAA